GCACCGCGGCACGGGAGUGCGCACGCGCGUCGGAGGCGAAGGAGGAACGCGCCGCAUCGACAGGGCGGUCGAGUGAGGGAGCUGCUGGCGGGUGGGUCAGGCAACUCCUUGGGAGGCCAACGCGGGCGGACCGGCGAGUGCUGGGAACCGAGCCUCGGCUGGCGGCCGGCAGUUUCCGUGGGUCUGUGAAGAGGUCAGCGGCCCCUGCGGGCGCCAUUCAGCUUUAAGAAAAAGUAGAGAUCACUUCUGACUGUACUGAACAGCAUAAAUUAAGUGACUUGCUACAUUGCAAAUCAUGGCACUGCCAUUCCGUAAGGACUUAGAAAAGUACAAAGACCUUGAUGAAGAUGAGCUCCUUGGGAAUCUGUCAGAAACAGAACUGAAACAACUGGAAACAGUUUUGGAUGAUCUUGACCCCGAGAAUGCCCUUCUGCCUGCAGGGUUCCGGCAGAAGAACCAGACAUCAAAGUCCACCACAGGGCCAUUUGAUAGAGAGCAUCUCCUUACAUAUCUGGAGAAAGAAGCAUUGGAGCAUAAAGACAGGGAAGACUAUGUGCCCUACACUGGAGAAAAAAAAGGGAAAAUAUUUAUCCCCAAACAGAAACCUGUACAGACUUUUACAGAAGAAAAAGUGUCUCUUGAUCCAGAAUUAGAAGAAGCUUUGACAAGUGCUUCUGAUACAGAAUUGUGUGACCUCGCAGCAAUUCUUGGGAUGCACAAUUUGAUAACGAAUACACAGUUCUGUAAUAUAAUGGGAAGCAGUAAUGGUGUUGACCAAGAACAUUUUUCAAAUGUGGUCAAAGGUGAAAAGAUUCUUCCGGUAUUUGAUGAGCCACCAAAUCCAACCAACGUAGAAGAGAGUUUGAAGAGAAUUAAAGAAAAUGAUGCUCAUCUUGUUGAAGUUAAUUUGAAUAAUAUAAAGAAUAUCCCAAUUCCAACCUUAAAAGAUUUUGCAAAGGCUUUGGAAACCAACACACAUGUGAAAUGUUUCAGUCUUGCAGCCACCCGGAGCAAUGACCCUGUUGCUACUGCUUUUGCAGAAAUGCUGAAAGUGAACAAAACUUUGAAGAGCUUAAAUGUGGAGUCCAACUUUAUCACAGGAGUUGGGAUUCUGGCACUGAUUGAUGCAUUAAGAGAUAAUGAAACCCUGGCGGAGCUCAAGAUUGACAAUCAGAGGCAGCAGUUGGGGACAGCUGUAGAAUUGGAAAUGGCCAAGAUGCUUGAGGAAAAUACAAAUAUCCUUAAAUUUGGAUAUCAGUUUACACAGCAGGGACCACGAACCAGGGCAGCUAAUGCUAUAACAAAAAACAAUGACUUAGUGCGUAAGAGACGAGUUGAAGGAGAUCACCAGUAAGUCUGCCAAGGUGUAAUCUUUGGAAGACUUCAGAAGAUCACCAAGGGCUCAUGUUGGUGACAUCAUGUAAAAUUUUCCUGGGUAGAAGGGAAAAGACUGGAAAAAUUUUUUUAGUGACAUGCAUUUUUUUUUUUUUUUUAGUUUAAGUUGUUAUCAAAUUGUAAAAUCAGUAAUGUGAUAUUUUAUAUUCUGAAACAUUUCUACUUUCUGCUAAAAUCAAUUUUAAUUUAGUUUAAUUGAAUGAUUUAUGAUGAAUCUUGGGUAAAAAAAUACAAUUGUAAAAAAUUUCACAGGUCAUUUGUGUAGAAUAAUUUGAACAUUGUGAGGACCAAUCUUUUUUAAAUCAAAAGGGAUAUUGCUGGUAUAGAAUUGUUAUUGCUUCAUUUAGUCAUAAAACACUUAAGUGUUUUCUUCACUCCAUGACCUGGAGAAUUUUCCAUUUUUUAAAAUACAUGAACUUGGCAAGGGUGUGAUUUUUCUUUAUCAAGAGAACAAAAUGCGAGAAUGUUAAAAUAGUUAACUCAAAAUCUGGUCAUCUGUGCAGGAGCUAAAGCAGGUCUCCAGGGAGAGAGGGUGGUUGUCUGUACAUUCCAGGUUACUGCACUUGUCUGAUGUGACGUAGCAACACCCAGGUUUUCUUAAAACAAAGUCAUCCACUUUGCCAGGUUACAUACUUUAUUUAAAAGUAUAGUGAGGUCGAAGUUCAUUCCAGUGUUUCAUUUUAAUAAUGUGGGCAUUAUUAAAUUUUUGUGGAAGCUAAUAGUAAAAAAUAAAAGCUGUUUUCACCACCUCCCUCCCCGCCCUCCAAAAAAGGCAUACAGCCAACUCUUAGUUAUUUAGGGUAAGAGAAAAAAGAAAACUGUUAAACAAUGAAAUGAAAGAUAAUAAAUAUGAUAGAGUUCCAGUACGAGGCACUUGCAAAACAGUCGUUUAAACUGAUGGUUACUGUAAGUCAGUUGGAAGCUGGCAUGUAUAUAAAUUACUUGGUGUUACACCAUAUCCUAAGAAGUUCCUAUGUGCAGUGCAGAAUUGCAUAAACAGUAUUUAAUCACUGCUGCAAAUCUUCCAACGAAGAAGGAAAACUGCUAUUCUUCAUAAAUCUGAUUUUUAGUACCUGCUUCCUUUCAUCUUAUACUUUUAUCCAUAUUUAUAAAAGUCAUUUCUAUAAUAAAAGCAGUCUUUCUUGCUCAAAGUAUUAAAGUGAACAAUUAAAUAGAGUACUGUGGUCGGGAGACUGAUUUGAGACUGCAGAGCUGAUGCUGGGUAGAGGGUCUGGAUUUGUAUUCAUGUUCUGUCUCAGGGCAGCCCCUGGAGCAGGAGAUGGCAGAGGCAUUUACAGCUGCAGAAAACAGGGAGGAAUGGAAUCUGAGGUAACCCUGGCCUCAAAAUUCAAGCCUGGCUGUAUCAUUUACAGAGAUUUUUCUGAAGGGAGAAGUCUCAUUUCUGAGGAAGGCAAGGUGGCUUAUCAUUAUUAAUUUUUUUUAAACUUUUUGGGCCGGUCUUGGUGGCUCAUGCCUGUAAUCCCAGCACUUUGGGAAGCCAAAGUGGGUGGAUCACUUAAGGUCAGGAGUUCGAGACCAGUCUGGCCAACAUGGUGAAACCCUGUCUCUACUAAAAAUCAAAAAAUUAGCCGGGUGUGGUGGUGCACACCUGUAAUCCCAGCUACUCGGGAGGCUGAGGCAGGAGAAUUCUUUGAACCUGGGAGAUGGAGGUUGCAGUGAGCCGAGAUCGUACCACUGCACUGCAGUCUGGGUGACAAAGCAAGACUCUGUCUCAAAAAAAAAAAAACAAAAAAACUUUUUGAAAUUGAAUUGCAGUAUGUCUGCUACUUUGGCUUGGGCUGGACAGUUUAUCUAAUAAGCAAGGCAGCUUCUUGUGUGCUAUGGUAAUAAGCCUUCUUAAUAGGCUAUGCUUCCCUCAUAAGAACUGUGGUGUUUGUUUUUUUUGUUUUGGUUUGUUUUGGUUUUUUGGUUUUGUUUUGUUUUUUAAAUCAGUAUCCAAUGUUUUAUAGGAGCCAAAGAUUAACUUUGCACUAUUCCCUGUCAGUUAAAGGCCACUGAUAUUUUUCUAAGUUAGCAAGGCUCGCUUGCUUUCUUGCCUCCCUUGCCUCCAUCCCUCUCCCUUCCUACCUUCUCUAUUUCCCUAUUUCUCUCCCUCCCUUUCUUCUUCUCCUCUCUUUUUUUUUCCCCCCACAUAUGCAGCUUUUUGAUUGUACUUGAUUUUAUAGAGACUGCACAGUUCCAGCAAGAUUGGGAGUCAGGCAUGGAGCAGACAUCUCAGGCUACCAGAAAGAAUUGGUCACCUAGACUUUCAGUCAGGCAUCCUCGUUUGCAUUGUCCUGUAAGUCAAUCACUUGAUAAAUAGUUCCCCCUUCAUCCCUUAAGUUUUGUUUUUGUUUUUGUUUUUAAUAUAGGUAAGUGGGACUCUACCUAGAAUUUUGCAUCAUACUUAUGGGUAAUAUCUUUUUUAUGUAUUAUUUAUCAAAGUAUGAAGUUGAGUAUUUUGCUUGUACCAUUUCAAUUCUGUAUUAUAAUAGUUCAUUGUAUAACUGAAAGAAAUGAUUUUUUUUUUUUUUUUUUUUUAUACUUUAGGGUUUUAGGGUACAUGUGCACAAUGUGCAGGUUUGUUACAUAUGUAUCCAUGUGCCAUGUUGAUUUCCUGCACCCAUUGAAAUGAUUUCUUCAUAAGUAACAUUAAAUAUGAACAUUCAUCCAAUUGAAUUUAGAAAAUCUUUCCAAAAUUAUAAGGGAGAAAAAUCAGGUUUACUUCAGUCUUUAAAAAUCUGGCACCUCUUAGUAACUUUCAGUAUUUCUAAAUUGCUCUAAAAUUUUAUAAUAAAUAGAUUAGGGUUUUGCAAUAGUCUUAAUUUUUAAGCCAAAGGUUUUCUGAGACCUUAGGUUUUGUAGUCUAACCAGCUUAUCUGGUUAUUUAAAAGACUAUUCUUUGCGUUUUUAAAUUGCUAUUUUUAAAAAAGCUUUUUAUUACCCAUUUUAUAAAAUGUUAUACUCAUAUUUGUCUGAAUUUUUCCAGUAUUCCUACAUGAAAUUGUGUGUAUUAAAAACUCAAUAUUAGUGGCAAAUAUUAAUACUAUUAAAAUGGAUUUUGGUGCUAUAUUCUUGUAGCUAAAGCCUAGUAGACUUCUCAAGAACAGGUGAAAUACACUUUCAAAGGUUGCGUGUCAUUUAAAAGACCAAAUAAGCAUUUUGUAUUAAAUAAAUUAGCAGAUGGUUAGAGACUUCGAGGAGUUAGCUUGGUCAUUUAAUUGCAACUUCAUGUUAUUUGAAUGAAAUAACCCACAUCCUUGCUUUGUAUAAGAGAUGCACUCUGGAGAAGUUACAUGUAUAUAGAACUCUAUAAAUUGUUUUCCAGUUGA